CCCCGGAAGUGAUGUUGCCUCCGCGCGUUGGCUUCCGGGGCAGCCUGCAGUGGUAGCAGCCGUAGCGGGAGGCGGCCAUUUUUGUUGCUGGGUAGGGAGAGGGGCUGGGUAAGAAGAAAAAGGAUGUAGGGACGGGCGCAGCGCCUCCCUGCCGGGCCGAGGACGGAAGGACAGUUUCGGCUGGCGAGAGGGGUUGCUGAAGCCCGGAGGACAUGUUUUCCCUGUCGAGUACGGUGCAGCCUCAGGUUACAGUUCCUCUCAGUCAUCUUAUCAGUGCCUUCCAUUCACCAAAACCUGUGUCUGUUUCAGUCAGUGCAUCAGUUUCUCCAAACAAGCAUCGAGAUGUAGUUCCAGAGCAUGAGGCUGCUGGCAGUGAGCCUGCACUUAAUUUAAGGGACCUUGGAUUGUCUGAAUUAAAAGUUGGACAGAUUGACCAAUUGGUAGAAGAUCUACUUCCUGGAUUUUACAGAGGCAAAAGUAUUUCUUCCCACUGGCACACAUCUCAUAUCUCUGCACAGUCCUUCUUUGAAAAUAAAUAUGGUCACUUAGAUAUGUUUAGUGCUUUACGUUCCACUUGCUUGUUUCGACAACAUCCAAGAACUCUUCAAAGAAUUUGUUCAGAUCUUCAUUACUGGCCAGUUUUUAUACAGUCUCGGGGUUUUAAAACUUUGAAAUCGAGGACACGACGUCUGCAGUCCACCUCUGAAAGAGUAGCAGAAACACAGAAUGUAGCACCAUCCUUUGUGAAGGGGUUUCUUUUGCGGGACAGAGGAUCAGAUGUUGAGAGUUUGGACAAACUCAUGAAAACGAAAAACAUACCUGAAGCUCAACAAGAUGCAUUUAAAACUGGUUUUGCAGAGGGUUUUCUGAAAGCUCAAACAUUAACACAAAAAAACAAUGAUUCUUUAAGGCGAACUCAUUUAAUUCUUUUUGUUCUGCUUCUGUUUGGCAUUUAUGGACUCUUAAAAAAUCCAUUUUUAUCUGUCCGCUUCUGGACUACUACCGGGCUUGAUUCUGCAGAAGAUCCUGUUCAGAUGAAAAAUGUCACUUUUGAGCACGUUAAAGGACCCUCCCCUCUUGAGGGACACUGCUGGAAACUGCUACUGAUGGUGCUAACCACCUAGUGCAUCUUGGAGGUGUUGGCAUUCAGCAGCAGCCUAAAGUCAGUGCCUGUUGAGGGCUGCUCUUGGCCUGGUGUUAUGGGGACAGAACCCAGGAUCUAAUGCAUGCUGGCAAGUUGCUGCCACUGAGCUACAACCCCAGGCCUGUUGGCUUGUUCCAUGUUGGUAGGACAGAAGAGCAGUGUUCAGGCUCUUCCAGACGAAUAAAGAGGAGUCCUCCCAUUUAUUGUUCUUGGUGAGUAUGUAAGAAAACCUAGAUCUUGGUGUGCGCUGUUCCUGGGAGUAGUUGCUUCUAGGCUCUUAACAGGAAUGUGUGUGUGUUUUCACAAUCCUCUGUGUGCACAUCUUUAAAUAAUUUUAUAUGUGUUCAUGCCAGUUUUUACUAAGAUAAAUAUGAAUUUAUACUGAUUGCUCUAGCUCCAUUCAAAUUCCAUAUUGUGACAUUACUUUUAAAUUUCAUUCUCUACGUAUUCCUUGCUGCUGGAUAGGAUUUCAGUUGAUAUGGAUCCUUGUCCGGCGCCGCGUCUGUCCCGCAGAAUGAGCCACACGAACACUUUGUCUCUGCAGGCUCCUUUAUUGACUGGGCUACAACCUCAAUACACGUCCGUCCUUGACGGCUUCCUACAUGUUGUGCGUGGGGCACUUCCUACACUUGGGCUUAUAUAGCUAAUGUUAUCCAAUCAUGGGAUUACACGUGGGGACAGGCGAUUGGGCGGCAACAAGGAAGCAAUCAAUCAUUACCAUAUAUGGCGAGGACAGUAAGCCGAGCAAGAACCAGGAAGCAGGAUGUGUGCGCCAUCUUGGGCACACGAUGGGCGGGGGAGCAGCGAGGCGGUAGGCGGACACCAUCUUGUGGCUAUAUUCUCAUGGGUAAUACGGCAGGCUCCCAACAGAUCCUUAUUUAACUUUGACAGUAUUUUUUUUUUAAUUGGUUCUGGGGAUUGAAUGCCUGACCUCGUGCUUCCCAGUGAGGCACCUAUGCCGCUGAGCUAAAUCCCCAGCUUUCAUGGUAUUUUUUGAAAUUGAACAACAUCUCAUUGCAUUUUCUUGAUUCAUGACCAUGUAGUGCAUGGUGAGGAAUGAUAUAUUUGUUUCCAAUAACUGAAUUUUAUCUCCUUUAAUUAUUCAUUGUUUUAUACAGCAAAAUCAAUAUAAUCCUAAAGGAAAGUGACCUUGAUAGGGCCCUGAGAGAAAUCACUUCUCUGCCCUAACUCCCAGACACAGUUACCACCACCCACUGCUCAAACAAGUGCAGGGAGGAUGAAAAACAGCAAAAUGGUGAUCAUCUGUCAGGAGCAUCAGUUUCAUUGUAAGACUUGAGAGAAACAGCAGUCUAUGAGGAACCAUCUCCUCUACUCAGAAAUAUGGGAGAAAGAAAGCCAGUGCUGACCUCUCACCUCCCUGGUCAGCAAAGACAGAGGGAUAGUGGGUCUUUCAGGCCCACAGAGUCCCCCAGAGUCAGCUGACCUGUGCAGGGCACUGCACCCUCCAGGAACAAGUUCCAAAUGCCUUGGCACAUGGCCCUUUCCUGCACAAAAUGGGCUCUCCUUCCAUGCUCAGGAAUCCUGGCACCCCAGGUUGAGCAGAGCCCCAGGCAUCCAGGAUGAGGGGCACCAGGUACAGGACUCAGGACAGAAAACACAUUGGGCAGCGCCAGGGUCCUCUGGGGAGACUUCAGGGCAGAAAAGAAGGGUGAGAGUGGGCACAGCUCAGCAUGGUGGGUGCUCCAGGUGCCAUGGCCAGAUGCUUCUUCUUAGGCAGACCCAGCCCUUCCCCUGGAGGAGGAUGUUGGGGAUCAUAGUUGACACUGGAGGAGCUCCCCCACAGCAGCCAAGGGCUUGGUGACAGUUGGGGAGGGCAGCCACUUGAGAGGGUCACUGGUGAGGCGGCUGCAGGGCAGGCUUUACCUGAGAGAGUGUCCCGCCUCCCGGCAUGGCAGCUGCUCCAUAAACCCUGGGCACCAGGACCUUGUUGCAGAAGCAACUCAAAGGAAGCUGAGUGGAGAAUAUGAGUGUGUUGGAUUUCAAGGACUGUGGGAGGGGUGCUUUUCUUUUCCCCCAGUUCCUGAAAACUGCCAUUGUUAUAUAAAAGAACAUUUUAAAGGGAAUAUUCCCCAAGUGUAUAAAGACUGCAGUCUCAGGCAUCAUGGCCAGGAUGGGGUAUAACCCAUGGAAGGUCACUGACUCUGCAAGUCUCAAGAAAAUGAUCACUGAAUGACCACUGUCCUGCUGCUACAGCCCCACCUGCUCCAGGGGGGCGGGUUUCAUAUUCAAGGUAAAGCUUGCAGAUAUAGAGGAGGUGCCACCAUUCUCCACAGAUCCAAACCCCUCAUCUCUCCCUCCAAGUGGUGGCCAGUGUGCCUGCUUCUUGCACUGAACUUUUCUCCCUGGGAUGAAACCCCCAGGGAAUCAUGGUGGGAGAGGCUCCGUGUCCCCCAGUUCCCAUCUGCAGUGUGUCGUGCCCACCUAGUCCUGCUACUUUCAGAGUGUCCUGCCAGCUUGGUCCAAGGAGCUCCCACUCCAGCUCCUGCACCACCCCAGCCCCUGUCAGCAGUAGGAGGUGGGGCUGGAAGGCUGUGAAGAGGAGGAUCAGAGACUGCCUGCAGGCCAUGUGCUGCCACCGCCUGCUAGCCUGGGAGCCAACACAAGGUGGCCCCAGUGUAAGUGCUGCACAGCAGAGAAGCAGACCACAUUCAAGGAGGCUGAGUGCUCCGGGCACUUUCUCAAGUGCGCUGCUUGAUGAUAUCAUUUUCAAUUGUCAGGGUGUAACUGUAGGGAGGAGAUGAAGGAGGCAGGAAGGGCACGUGUGGGCAGAGGGAAGAGCCUCAGGUGGCAAGGAGGAGUUGCUGUGGGGUCUACUGCAGCCACCACCAUCUGCCAUGUUUCCUAGUGAGCGUCCAUUACACAUGUCUGCUUGCAUUUGUGGACAUGACAGUGAGGUCAGCCACACAGGUGGAAGCCAUAGUGAGUCAUCUUGCAGCCCUUUGUCUAGUGAGCUGCAGGAGAGAGGAGGGGGAGGCAAGACCACUAGUGCAUCCUGUGGGAAUGAGGGCGCACGCCCUGGGAAGGCUGUGCGGGCACCAGGAGCUCAGAUCCUGUGGGAGGAAGACGGCAGAGGAGCAGGGCGGAGAUUCACCUGCCAAACACUCUGCACCUGCCAGCAAGGCUCUCCCUCUCCUCGGCCUCCAUGCACUGCCUAUCUCCUGAAAGGGCUUGCCCUUGGCUAACCUUGCGGGAAGGGACAAAACCAGGACUCUGUUCCAAACUCAGGGCCUAGCCACACAGCCUCCUGUGUCCCAGCCUCAGUUUCCCACUUGUGGAAGCACUGGGGCUGAGGUUGGGGAUCGAGAUGUUGCUUAUUGUGCCCUUAUUGUGCACAGCUGAGAAGGUGGCACGCCCUCUUUCUGUCCCCUGAGGAUCAGGGUGGCUUGUGCUGGGCCUGCUCCAGGUGGGGGAUGCGGGGAUGACACGGGCUGCUCUGUAGCUGCGUGGCUGCAUGGGCUGUGGCUCCAGUGGGAACCAGGAAAGGCUUGCUCUUCUCAUCUGGUUUUGAAACUGGAGACCGGAGGUGACCUGAGGGCUGUGGCCAAGUGGACCUACUGCCACUCACAUGCCAACCACCCAGAUCCCCAGCUGCUGUCCCUGCCCAGGUGUGGACAAUGGUGAGGACAUUCCCCAGGAGACACUGAUUGGGAUCUAUGAGCGAAUCCAACAGCAGGAGCGGAAGACAAAUGAGGACCACAUGUCCCAGCUGCCCCCAGAAGGUGAAGAAGCUGAUCGUGGGGAAGAAGCCCAUACAUGCUUGGCCCUCAGGCAUGGGGCCGCCUGCCCACCAUUCUGGCCUCUGGCAGGCAGAGCUGGCGGGGGACUCCCAGGCACUCAAAGCAGUGCCUGCAGGCUUGAGGAAUCCUGGCUGUUUGCUCGGGUUGCACUUGAGGCCCUCAGGUCCUUAGUGAUGGCCCAACUCUGCUAAAUCUAGGCUCUUUCCUUAGUGAUCUGAGCCCCCUGUCCCUGACAGGGCACUACAGUGAGCUUUACACCUUGGCCACUCCCUGGUAUCCAGGCUGGUGGAGCUGAGGACCUGGCGCCCUGGCUGGGCAUUGCUGUGCACAUCCCCAAUGUCCCAAGGUGAUUGUGGACGUUAACAUCGGUCCCUGUGCUGUUUUGCCACAGAUCAGAUCACUGUAUCACCGGCUUGGCUUGUGAGUACCUCUCUGCUUCUCCUUCUGGCCACUGACCACCCACCCUGGGGAGCCUCCAUGUGUCCUGACGUGUCCCUAGCCAGUUCCCCGUGCUCUAGGAGCCAGACUUCUGGCUGCUGAGUUCAUGAGUGACCAGCAUUUUCUGCUUCGUGGUUCCCUGGACUGACCUCUGGCAUCCCUGAGACCACAGCCACAAGGGUCAGGCUUGUGGUGGAGACACAGCUUUCAGCCCUUGGGGUGGCCUCUGUGGGCGUCCACACCAUUGCAACAGCCUGCUCUUGGCCUUGCGACCCAGGGUCUAUUUCUCCUAGCUCUGUCUCCAUCAUGCUACUUGUGACUGCUGCCUGCUCUGUGACCGCCACUAGCCUGGCAGAUUGAGGCAUGUCCCCAUCUCUGUCCCCAUCCCUGGUGCCCCAGCAAAACAUCCAGAUCCCCUCCAGUCCUCUUCCGUCCUACUUCUGCCUUCACACUUCCAUUCUCAGGCACCAGGGUACACAAGUCCCCUUUGCCCUGUCUCCUAACAGUAGGUCUGUGUCCUUUGAGAGCCAAGGUGCUCCCCAAGGCAGGCCCAGGCCUUCCUGAUGGGUCCCCUAGUGCAGGGCCCCCCAUCUGGCAGGUUGGCUGCAGGUUUCAGGGCAGCACCACUGCAGUGACAGUAGGGUGCCUGAGCCUGGUGAGCUUCUCAGAAGGGGCCUGCUGCUCUCAACCCCCAGCCAAUUGCUGUGGCUCCUAGGGACAGUGUGUUCUGAUUGGCUCACAUGAGCCCUGCCCCCUGGACCAGAGGAGGACCAGAGAGUUCUCUCCUCCAAACAAAACUAAGGGCUGUGAGGGUCUCAGGUGCAGGCAUGGCAACUGUUCCCCAGCACAGGGAAGGCUCAUGCUGGGCCUGUGCGUGAUCUGGCUUCUCUCCAGGGUUAAUUCUUUAAAGAGCAAGGGCCCUUACUGCCCGUCCAGGAGGACAGGCACUUCCUGCUUGACAGGGCCCUAAGGGGGCCAUGCACAGCCAUGGCAGCAUCUCUUUGCUAUACCAUGGGACUGAGGUGCCAGCUGGAAUGACACUGAGACUCAGAUGGAUAGGAAGCACUGUCCCCAGCGUAGUGUCUGCCCAGAUCAGCUGAGCCCAGACUGCUGGCCUCUGGGCCUGAUCGAGGUUCCCGGGUGCCCUGCAGUCCUUGGAGUGCUGAGACUUAGUGUGCCUCAGGUCACUAAGACCUCUCAGAAAAAGAACUUGAUGACAUACAGCUUCCAGCAGUCCUUGUACGGCCUACAGAUCUUGCUCUUCCAAAACCAUUGUGAAUCUGUGCUGAGGGUACCUGUGUCCCCUGCCCUGAGGCAUCUUCCUCCACUCUGUGCCCACCUCAGUACAGCAAGCAGCUGACAGUGUGACUGGCCAUGGGUCCCAGGUUCCCAGGCACAACCCCAAAUCCUGGAGCACGGUUGAGCCCAUAUUUAAAUCUUCACAUCAACAUUUAAACAUCUCGUACUUCAGUCGAAAAAUCAGAAGGCUUGGUGUCCCUGGAGUCCCUUCCUAUGUGGCAGCAGGAAAGCUGUGGUGCAAAUGGACUGGUACACAUAUCCAGCACACCACAGUGGCUUGCAGCCCCACUGGGCCAAGACCCCCAACAUAUCCAGCAGGAGAUGCUCAGCCAGGGGAUUCCCAUGACAAGAGCCAAAGUCCAGAUGGCACUAGGAAGGCACCACUGGGUGUCCCAAGAGCUCAGGGAGAACACUCAGGGGAGAACAACUCCCAGCCUGUGGUCCAGCACUGCCUGAGUGAUGGGAUGAUGCCCCACCCUCUCUGUUCUGCUCUGGGACUCAGAUCCUGGCAGUGGGUGAGGGUCCCAAGGUGAAGGCCAUCUUCCUGACCCUCAGGCAGGCCUGGGCACCUUCCCUUGCACUGGGCUGUCACCCUCACUUGGUGUGCAGGCAGGGCCCAGGUCAGGGACAUGUGACCAUCCAUGCUCACCCUGAUUCUGCUGCUGAGGCAGAGCUUAGAGCACUAGGCUCUAAGGCUACCAUGCCCCAGGCCCUGUGACCAGCAUGGCCACUUCAUGGAUGUACUGCACCCAUGCCCACCCCUCUGCUUUACAGACUACCCCAAUAGCAUCUGGCUCACAACUGCCAUGGCCGGGGAAGACCCCAGAGUGUGAAUCACCUCCAACACCCCUACCUGCAAGCCCAGAAGUUCACCACUGACCUGUGGGAGUCUGUGGAAGAAGUGUGGGAGAUGGAGAAGCAAUGGAUAGAACCACAGGGAGGAGGUAUCAUCCCUCAUGUCUCCUGGAUUCCCCAGGCCACCUGUGCUCCUGACUUGGCCUUUCUGUCUCUGACCGCAGGAGAGGUGCCUCUUGUCCUUUCUGGCCUCCACAGCCACUUGGAGGGACAGCAAUACCAGAAACACCUGACUGAGCUCUGCUUCCCUGCCUGACCUUACCAGCCUUGACCUCUCUGCCUGCCCAAACUGAGCCUGCCCUGGAUGCAGCCUGGCCUGCCCUGUGUCCUGCCCACGUCUCCAUCUGGUAGAUUGUGAUGUAGGCCAGUAUCAGCCCCGAGAGAAGGCCAUGGUCAUCUGUGUCUCCUGCCAUGACUGCUCUCCCCAACAGUGACCCCCUCACUUGCCUGUCACCCUCUCUGUUCCAGCACAGCUCAAGAAGCAGAAGGCUGUUUUGCAGGCCAGCAUGUCCCAGUGCUCCAGCCUCAACAAGGAGCACAGUGGGCCAGGGGUUUAGCUCAGUGGUUCAAGCUUCUGCCUGGAAAGUGUGAGGCUGUGAGUUCAAUGACAUUACCAAAAACAAAAACAAAUAAACAAACAAAACCAAGCAGCCCCAACACAGGAAGCUAAGCCAGGCCUACCUGGAUGACAGCUACAUGGGUGGCAAGUGCAGUGUGCUCAGAAUCUUUCUGUGCCACAUCUUAGAAGCUGGUAGGAGCCUGGCCAUAGCUGCCUCCUGCUGUAGCACUGGCAGUGGAGUACAAGAUGAGGCCACGUGACCCAGCAGCCACAUGGCUCUCACAAGGGUGUCUAGCCAGCCAGCUUCCACUGGGGGAAGAGUCUCUGGAGAGUUGUUGCAGGGAACUUUCCUUUCUGAUGGCCUGUGAGACCGUCAAAGGCUGAUAUAGGCCUUGGCCACUGAGAUACUCAAAGGCUGAUACCCGCCCUCUUCCCUUCCUGGGGCUUUCUGCCACUCUGCCCUGGCCUUGGCCAAUGUGGGACCCCCAGAGUCUGCUCAGGGUGCCAUCCCAUUCCCCACCCAUGACCCUGCCUCCCACAGUUUACUCAUUUCUCAGAAAGGUUUUAUCCUUGUUUUUCAGUGGAAAGUUUUCUUUGCUUUUGUUAUUUUUUCCCCCAUAGCAAACCCCAAAAUUCAUUGCCAGCAUGAGGUAUAAGGCAUGGCUUCUCAACUGGGUACUGUGGGCAUUUUGGCUAAACAACCCUAGCUUUGCAUGAGACUGUGCAGCACCCCUGGCCUGUCCUCACCAUCCCUGGCAUCUCCACAAGCAGCUGGGUGAUGCUCAAGCCUGGGUUGAGAACCCCUGGCUAUCCUGGUACAUGUUGUGGGACUGCUUGGGCCUCUGCUGGUAUGGUCUGGCUCUGUUUGAGUUUGCACAGUGUGGUAGGACCUGCUCCCAUUACUUAGGAGCUACUAGAAACUCCUGUGCUCCACCCAGGUGUCAGGGGCUCCGUGGCUAGCCACAGGCUCUCCACUUGAUUCCUGCUGCAGAGGUCUGUAUGCUGUCCCAGGCACCCCUGUGCCUGGAGAGCCUGGAGUACACCGAGGAGGGAUCCUCGGAGGCUGCUGGACAGCCAGCUUGGAGGCUGCAGGACUCUUACUCUGCAUGAGCACCAUGCGGGCAGUGUGAUGCCCUGGCACCCUGUGAUCCUCAUCAUGCGGAACCUGGGGAGUGACACCAUGACAGUUGCUGCCUGUGACCUUCCUGGUCCACAUCCUUCCAGGAUAUGACACGCCAAGGACCCAGCUUUAGCCCACAAAAACUGGACCAGGGAGGGUCCCAGUCUGCUGAGCCUGGGAGGAGCCACUCUCACUCCAAGCUGCAGAUGGAAGGGUACUAGGCUCUGGCUUCAGCAGCUGCCUCUUAUCCAGGGACACAAUAGCCAGCUUUGAGUAACAGUGGCUCCUCCCAGGGAGGCAGGAGGGAGAGGAUUACAGGGAGCCAUCAUGGCCAUGGUCACAGGGAAGGACUCAUCAGAUUUUGUAUAAGAGCUGGUGUGUUUCACUUUGACACCCCGAUGACCUGCACAGUAUGGACUGUCCUGGAAAUGCUUGGUUCCCACUUCUGCCACAGGUGCUCCUGUCUUUCUGGGGUGAUCCACUUCCUCCAUUUCCUGUGAUCUCACUUAGACCCCAGCCCACUGGACCUCAUCCUCCCACAGCAGGCCACAGGGUUGGAGUGGGGCAGUGCUCUGUCUGGUUGUGCUGUAGUGAGGUUCUGGUCCCCGUGGGGGAUCUCAGCCAGGCCUCCACGGGAUGGCAGGAUGGUUAGCAGCAUCGUGGGCCUCCACCUGCAGGAUGCUGAGCCCACUUCCCACCCCUGGGUCUCCACACCCCAAACCAGAACUCCCCAGGCAAGGGGGUGAGAUGGGGCCUCGCUGGGAAUUGUUGCUCCAGGGCCGGAGAAAGAAGGGUCAGAAAAGUCUCACAAAACCCAAGGCUCCUAUAUUUUCUUGCUAUUACUUUUCCACCCCUGACAGCAGCUCAGCGUCUGACCAGCACCCCCAGAUAAACUCACACAGGCUGGGGAGUGGGGAAGCUCUCAGGGAUGGUGAGGAAGGCCUGUCAUUUAACAGCACGGACACUGCAAGGACACAGGCAAACACCCAACCCAGGCACCAUGGAAGGUAGUCAGGCAGUGCUGAUCUGUCCCAGCUCCCUCUUUCAGCCCAGGCCAGCUCUAGGCUGGGCACCAGUGGCCGAGCACUCACACAGGGAUAGGGUUGUGACCCUGGAGCCAGCCCCUGGUUUUGAACAGUCAGCCCAGGCUCCCAUGGGUCUAUUCAUAGUUAAAUUGCUUUCCCUUUUGAGUCUCAGGAACAUGGGUUCACAGUGUGUGUGGUCUGUGUCUGGUCCCCUUCUCUCAGGGCAAUGAUUCUGACUCACACAUGUGUCAUACAGAUAUAUAUCUCCCAGGCCUGCCAGCUGCUGCUGUCAGCACAGAGGCCUCUUGUGAUGGCCUCAGACACAUGGGUGGCCAGGGUGUCCCUCCUCAGCAGAGCUGCUCAGCAAGGGAGAUGAAAGGAAAGCUUCCCAGGAAGGCAGUGAUAUGAGUGUGAGGAUCACCAGGAAUGGAACAAAUGGCGGUCAUAAAAACUCAAGUUUAUCAUUCUCCCAAUUACUCAUGAAGUCAAACCAACACUUCAUAGAGGAUAGCAGUCCUGUGACACAGGCCCUGUGGAGGUGCAGGCAGAGAUGGUCACCCAGCACCCUGAGGUGCCCAAUGCCAGGGGCUGUGCACUUGAGGGCAAUGAGGGUGAGUUCAUGUUAGGCACCUUCUGUCACAAUGGAAAGAAGAAUAAUGGCCAGGUACAGUGAGGUCCACGGUGAGCACAGAAAUAAAAUGUAGGAAACAGCAGCACACAGCCUGGGAAGGCAGAAAUGUCGCACUGUUUCCCUGCACACACGUGGCCUGGUGGGUCACUGCUGAAGGGAGGCCUGGCUGACCAAUGGCACACGCUGGAAGGCAGCAACAUACAUGCAACAGGAUAGAGGCUCAGCAGGGUGAGAGACGAGAAUACUAAUCCAAAGGGAGGAGGAAAAUCAGGGAAGAGCAAACAAAGGGUGGGUAAAACAGAGCUGGAAGAUAGGCUGGAACCAGCUGAGUGAACACAGGGCAGUGAUUUGCAUUCAUCACCAAUUUCAAAGCACAGACUGUCAGGUGAGAUUAACCAUUGCACCUACAAAGAAGCUGCUUAUUAGCUUUAUUUUCCUUUUAUGUAGAAAUAGUUUCAGAUUUUAAGAAGGUCAUUGAGUUCCUAUACACUGAUCACCUGGCUUCUUCAGACAGGAGGAACGUAAGAGAUCCGAGGGACGAUGAGUGACAUUAGGAAGUGGACGUUCCUGCAGUACUGCUAAGUACAGUGGACAGUUCACCUGGGCUUCUCCCAUCUGUCUUUUACAGGACCUAUCUAGGACUCCACAUUGUGUGCAGUGGCGGGACACCGCUGUCUCCUCCCAUCUGUGGCUGUCCUCUGUCUACCAGGAACGCUGUCCUUGUUCCUGUGCACAGGUCACUUGACUGCCUGCCUGUCAUUCCCUCAUGCUGAGACUAUGGUGAUGUGUUUCUGUCAAGAGCACUGCAGAGGUGACGGUCCCACCCCAGGUGUCUCACUAGGAGGGUCAUGAUGUCCCUAAGCCCAAGAACUGCUGAUGUGAUGCUGCAUCUUCUUGAUGGUAGUGUUUGCCAAGAUUUGCACAGGAAAUUAUUUCCCAGCUCUGCUAUGGAUACCAUGGGCUGCUACUUGGUAACUACCUACGUAGACUACCUCACUUCCAACUUCUGCUCAGUCAGGGCCCUGUGCUCUACUGGAAUGUGCCUGUCACACUUCAGUCUCUACUGUGUGCCUAAGGGGAAUUUUCUCCUUCCGUGUUGCUAUCUCUACCUCAGUGGACCAGAAAUCCCCUCUGAAGAUAAGAGUACAAUUUGGUCAAAAGAGGAUACACAAAGCUCUGGCCAGUUCAAUGCCCAAGGCAGUUGCAGUGACAACAGGAGUGUCAGGGAAAGUCAAUUUCUGAGUGAAGACUGCAUUCCCAAGAAUAAAACAGGUUGUUUCAGGAGAAAGACACCAAUUGACCACAAGUGUGUAAGAAUUCAGAACACGUGUGCACAGAGCUUCGAAAUGUGCAAAAAACUGAUAAAAGGACAACUGAAUACAGAAUUAUAGUCAGACAUUUCAACGUCCUCACAAUUUAAUAGAAAAAUUAAACACAAUUUUUAGGGAUCAAAAGAUUGCAUGUUAUGGACAAACUUGUACCAACUGCCACUGACUGAAGCAUCCCAUCCAAACAACAGUGUAGUAUUCACUGCUGCCAAGUGUACAUGGAGGAAAUGUUUCCAACACAGUCACAAAAUAAACCCCAAUAAAUUUAAAAGAAUUUCAAUUAUGCAGAGAAUUUUCUCUCACUAUGAUGAAAUACUAUGAUGAAAUACUAUGAUGAAUACUAUGAUGAACACUAUGGUGAACACUAUGAUGAAAUACUAUGAUGAAAUUCACUAUGAUGAAAUUUAGAAAUUAACACUAGGGACAACACUAUUUACCUAGAACCUGAAAGAAUAAACAGUUAAGAGGAAGCAUGGGAAUGGAGCUCAGUGACAAAGUGCCUGCCCAGCAAGCGCAAGGCCCUGAGUUCAAUUCCCAGGGCCAAAAAUAUAAUCUAAAACAAAGGAGAGAAUGUUAGCGGAUAUGUUUGAAAGCUUUGAUGCAGGGAAAAAAUUUCCUGAAAGACAAGAAGGGCCCAAGUCUAUGGGCCUGUGCCUCAUUUCCAUGGAAGACACUGAAUUCGUUAGACCUUUCUGAGUAACUUCAGGCUUGAUUAGCUUCACUGCUGAAUUUUACCAAACACUGAAGAUAGAAGAAGUAUCAGUUUUAUACACUGUCAUAAGAAUUUGAGGAGCAAAAUUUCCCAGUUUAUGAGGUCACUGUUAUUGUGAUUAUUCAGAGCAGACACAAGUAUCAGAGAGAUAACUACACAUCAAUACCCUUGAAAAGAACAGACACAAGUGUUCUUAAAACUUAAACAAUGGAGAGAAACACCUCUUAGAGCAUCACUGAAAAGCACUAACUAAAGAGAUUUCCACAGUAGUGACAGUGAAUUAUCAUCUGAAUUAUUCAAGGUGAUAAAAGCUUAAAUUCAACAGAAUGAUCAGUACAUUUACAAAAUACACUACUACAAAAUUACCUGAGCUAAAAAAAAGACAUGAUACACAACGUAAAUGAGUGACUUAGCAACGAAUUUGAGUCCAUAAAUGGUACCAAACAAAUCCUAGAGAAUUAAACUUGUAUCCAAAGUGUGGGCAACAGAAAUGACCACAAGGACAGAGCCCUGGAGUUAGAAGACAGGGCUGGUGUCAGUGCCCAAAUACUCAGGGACACCUUACAAAACUGGAACAUGGACAGUAGAUCCAACAGCUAUUAGACGGUGCACAGACAACUAGAAUAAGUGAAAAACCACAAGACAGCACAGAUGGCAUAAAAAUCUGUGACAGAAACAAUAGCAGAAAACUUUCUGAAUAUGGGGAAGUAACUUGACAUGCAGAUAAGAAAGACAGAUGAAACCCCAAGUAGCCACAAUCAGAAAAGGAUCUCCCCAUGACAUAUGACAGUUAAUACCUGGGAAGUCCAAGGUGAGAACAGAAUCUUAUAACCUCAUAAAGAAAAGCAAGGAAUCACUUAUAAAUGUAAAACCAUUAGAAAUACAGCACACUUCUCAACACAAACCAUUAAGACCAGGAGAGCUUGGAGUGAGGUAUUUCAACACAUAAAAGAAAGCAACAUCCAACCCAGGUGAUAUAUCCUACAAAACUCUCUUUCAAAACCACUCUGCAGGACUUCAGGGCAACCACUUCCCUCGCUGGAGCCCAGCCAGUCCUGUCUGAAACACACUGUGGAUGGCCUGGCUGCAAGGCCUCUCUAGCUUCCCUGGCCUUGAAACUGUCAGAUUGUUUGACAUUGUUAGUGUAGAAACAGGAGAAGUGACUGGGAGCCCCUGGUUUAGAGGGGCAGUGAUCUCAGUGCCCAGGGAUUUCCCUGAACUCUCAGAGGACGAGCAGGAGUUCUCCCAGGGCCUGGCACAUGUAUGACCAUCUUGAUGUUCACCUCAGAGACAGAAUACUGAACUCCAGUUGCAGGAGGUGUGUUGCCUCUCAGGAUUUGGCAACUGUAGAUAGAGAGCUUGUCUGCAUGGCAGGAUGUAGGUGAAACCUCCAGAGGAGUCUUCAAGGUUAGAUGAUGACACUGUAAACAGCAUCCCUGCAAACUUUCCUGGUCUUGACUAUUUCAGGAGCAUAACACUAACUUUGUCAUAAAGGUGCAGAAACAUAGACACAUUCAUUACCAGACACACAUUCAUUCUUUAGAAUAUUUCUAUUGAUGAGUUAUUAACUUUACUUUUAUAAGUGUUGUUAUAUUACACAGUGGCUUACCAGGAAAAAAAACAAAAAAAUAUAAAGUAUUGAAUUUUUAAUAUUUAUUGAGUGUUUAUAAUAAAGCAUCAAAAUUUAAAACAUCAACAAUUUUUUGGCAUAAAGUCUACAAAAAAUAACAAAAAUAUUCCUAUACAAAUUACACUGAAAAUACCAACAGCAAUUUACAAAAAAGUAAUCUUCACUUCAAUUAUCACAUCUAAAUCAGUCUGUGCACAUGACCACAGCGUAUUCCAUAGACACAUAAUACUCACACUGGGAGCACACGUUUUGCUGUCCUACUCUUUUUGUAGGAUAUACUUGAUAUCUCAGUUUUGCUGUUUUGUCAAGGUUAUUGUGUUACAGAGUGUGCAGCCAACAGGAACAUAAAAUAUCAAAAGAAGUUCUUAAAUUCUUACUGUGUGUUGUGCCUUUAGAAUACACAUCAAUGGGGCUGGGGGUUUAGCUCAGCAGCAUAAGCACCUGCCUUGCAAGUAGGCGGUCGUGAGUUCAAUCCCCGGUACUGAUAAAAAAAUGAAAAAGACAAAAAAAAAAAAAAAAAAAAAAGAAUACACAUCAAUAUAUUUUCACAUCAAAGAUAACAUCAAAAAUAGAAACCUAUGUGAACUGCAAUGUAAACAAAAACAAAAAUCUACCACAUAAAUAAGCUUUGCUUCAACUGUCAUAUCCAAAGCAGUCUUUGCACUUGUCAUACCCAAGGCAGUCUUGCAUGUUCCAUAUACGAGGGACACUUCCACUGAUAGCAUGUUUUGUUUUCCUGUAUUUUCUUGUAGGACACAGUUGAGAUCUUUUAGUUUUCCUCUUAUCAUCGUGGAUCUAGGAAGCUGUGUGUGCCUAUUCACCUGUCAGCUCACCAGUGCACUCCACAGUACUUCACAUAAUUCACUGACAAGAAAAGCUGGAUAUUUCUCUGCUGUAAAUAACCUCAUAUGAACUGUAGUCCCAAACCUUAAGAACAUUUCUGUUCAUAACAUCAUCUGGUUUAUUAUUCUAUGAAUAAACACCUUGUGGCUAAGUUCAAGGCUAAAUGUCUAAAUUGAAAGCAUAAAAAGUCCUCACAUGCACAAGGGCAUGCAUUAUGCCAGAGUUGACCCAUCAUUUUCCAUGAGGCCUUUACAUUCCUGCAAUCACUAUGAGAAAUCCCUCCUAAGCACACAGAUCCAUAAAUGCUUUCAGUUCAGCACCAUGUCAUAAAACGUUUUUGAAUAUGGCUAAUGGUGCAUAGAGAACACUUUACUUGAAUUUUAACCUCUGUAUAUUUCACAGAAUCUUGUAACAUUUCAUGUGCUAAAAAUUUCCAACUUUGAAUAGCAGUAUCAGCAUUCGUCCAAUACAUUUCACUCUUGCCAAGUCCCUCACUAUAUUUUGAACUUAGUAUUAACAUUAGAUCAUUUCAUUUGGUUAUGUGGCCAUUUUGCAACAUUUUCACUAGUCAAAUAUGUAUUCACAUUGUUUUGUCAUCUUAACAAAGGAGGUCGGUAUCAGUAUCAGUUGAUCUUUGCUCCACUUCACUGUCCCAGGAAGUUUGACUCACAUGGCCAAUUUCAAAGUCCUCUUCCUCCUCUUCAUCAACAUCCAUCCAUCCACAACACUCUUCUGUUAUGAAAGUGUUUUGUCAUAAUGGAUCAUCUUCAUCAUUCAUGCAUGAGUAAUCUGAUGAUUCAUUCACUUGUGACCUCCUCCAAGAUAUAGUUUUCACAUGCCAUUGUACAGAACUGGGCUAUUUCCACCAGAAAAAUCAAAAGAAAGCUUUUAAAAAGACAAAUCCUGGAGUAAUGGGAUAUUAUUGAACCCUCUUUGAUGCUUGAAUAAACACACAAAAGCAGUUAGAUGGAGCACAACGUGGGUGAAAAUCCCAUUUUGAGACUUUUGCACUUGCUCACACACCUCAUUGUUUGACACAGCAAGUGGAUAAUCACAUAAACUGCUUUCCAGUGUCCCUCAGGGGAAGGUAGUGACAUGCCCAGCUGGCUAUUGCACUAAAGUAAAAUUUACUGGUACAGGAUAGGCCUGCUGCAUGUAGUUAUGUUGCUACCUACACUCUUAAUAUGUCCCUGUGUCUCCUGAAACCUUUUCUUAACCAAAGACCCACUCCAACAGUAGAGUGGCCAACUCUUCUGUAUUUGGCACAGAGGACUUUUACUUUGUACUUUUUCUACCUUCUUGCUUUGCAUCUAAUUGGGUGAGGUUUCCCAUCACGUCUCCCAGUCUCUGCUUUUGAUUGGGAAGACACUGCCCCUUCAUUAGAAGGGAAUUAGAGCUUGCAAGAGUUUGCCUCUGUCAGGUGGCUGUUUCAUGAGCCUUGCAGCAUCUUGUCCUUGCUCUUUUUUGUCUUCUUCUUCUUUAUUUUUUAAAAUUUUAUUUUAUUUUAUGUUUUUCGUAUCAGGGAUCAAACUCAGGACCUCACACUUGCCAGACAGAUCUUAUGCUGCUGAGUUAAAUCCCUGGCCUAAAAAGAGGAUAAAACCAAGGAAAAUAAAACAGAACAAAACCGAUCAAGAUAAACCAGUAUAAGUGAUACAGGUCUUUAAAACUUAGAAAAUCAGCAAUAGUUACCAUAAUGCCUCUAUCAUCUUCAAAAUAGCUGCAGAUACCUUUGGACCUGGUAAAAAUCAAACAACAGAAUAGAGCAGAAACAACAAACACAAAACAAUGACUGCAGUAAAGGACUUCAAAACAAGCUCACAGUAAGUCCAGAAUGGCUACCAUAACACGUCUUGCUAUCUUUUGAACAGUUGUUCAUGGCAUCAGAUUUAAUAUAAUCAAACAAAAUGAAAGAAUAAAACCCAACCAACAAAGCAAUGAAAAUGACAUGGUUUCCAGGCAGGGCCCACCCCCUUGUGAGGCCUGGUUCUCGCUCCACAGUCUGCGAAUGCUGCUGACUGGGAGAGAGGCUUGGGCGUGGCUGUCCCCACUCCAGCAGCAGCUGUCCCGCUCUUCUGCAGGAGUCAUUCGUUUUGGAGUGAAUGGGCUCGUCACCUGUGUAAAAGCUACUUAUGUUUUCUUUGAGGAUGCCGUGGAUAUAACUUUGAAAAUCCCAAGGCCACCCCAGGGUGGUAUGAAUCCGUGGCAGUUAAACAUAGCCAUAUAUAGGAUGCUGCCCCACAUCUGGGGAGUGAGUUUGUAGUUUCCUCCACGUAUGCCAGACUGUGUCUCAGGAAAUACAGUACUACAGGGUGCAUUGUUUUCUUUUCAAUAUGUGAGCCUCUAACAUGUAGAAUACAAAACCAGUCCUGAUUUUCAUAAAGGUCCACGUAUUCAGUUUUAACAGACUUUUCUUCAGACUUGAGUUCCUGCAAAAAAAUUCUCCUUUGUGAGCCAGGGUCUUGCUCUGUAGCCCAUGCUGGCCUUGAACUCACAGUGAUCAUCUUGCCUCAGCCUCCUGAGUGCUGGAUCACAGGCAUGUGGGACCAGAGCUGGUUCUUCCAUUUCAACCUAAGGGACUCCUCUACCCAAGGCAGGCCUACUAGGAAGGACGGACAUUCUUCAGUGCUUGCAUCUAAGAAUGUCUGAGCUUUCCCCCUCAUUUUAAGGACAGUUUUGCUGGAUGUGAAAUGCUUAGUUGAGAGAGCUUUUUGUUUUGUUUCACUGUUUCAUUCACACAGCACAUGUCCACCUGUUUCCUUCUGUCCUCCUGUAACAGAAUAUCCUGCACCCCAGUCAGUAUACUGCAGUUUCUUAGUUGUCCAGGUAACAGUUCUGUCUCUAAGAAACGGCUGGUCACUGUGAUGCCUAGCUGGUCACUGUGAUGCACACUGCAUAAACCAGCCCCAAUCAACAAGCCAUUUUGCCCCUGUACUCCCCACUUGCUUAUCCUAUACAGGCCUCAGACCAUCAGAGAUCAGGGCCUGAUAUUCUGGGAAUGUACCAAUCAGUGCCCGUUGGUGUAAAUAAAUGUGUCUCCAACUCUUGGGUGUCCUUUCUGUGACUGUGCUUGCCGCUGCUCUCCAAGGAUUUUGAGGAUAAGUCUAAUGACUAUGUUUUUGGGGAAUUGCUGUCAGCUGCACAGGCAUUAAUUUAUUUGUCAUAUUUUAUACACUGACCGUUACGUUAUUCUAAUGUAAGUGAAGUUGCAGCAUCACUUUGACACCAGUAAGAAUUAAGAGCAAAAGGAACUGGAGAUGCUGAGUGUAGACAUCAUGGGAUCUCUAAAUGUAAGAGGUAUUACAGAUGCUGAGAACAGAUUCUCAGAACAGAAACAAAAGGGAUAUUGAAGCAUCCUACAGGUUUGAAUUUCAAAAACUCAAGUGUCAAUCUCCAUAACUCACAUUAGUAAGACAUUUUGUAACAUUUUUCUGUUAGAAACAAAAGACCCUCAUGGCCAAGAGUGUGAGGGGUGAAGUUGAGGUGACCAGCUCUGCCUGGGCCCACUGGCACCAUGACUUCACAAGAUCCCCUGUGAGGUCACAGCAGAUAGCUGUAUAAGGUAGGGUUUUCAGCCCAGAGACCCUUUGUGGGUGAAGUGGAGUGGUGUUUGGAGAGGAGUUGGUGGUUGGAGAUUCGAAAUUUUGAUAAUUGAUUUUAUAAUGUCUAGUUCCAUCAAGGCAUCCUUUGUGGCAUGUAAAACAUCUUUGCUGGACGUCAUGUCAUCGUCCACAGAAAUGUCAUCGUCCACAGAAAUCUUCUGGGAAGACUAUGACAUGCUGUUGCCCCUUAGUGAGGGUAACUUUGCCACAGUAGUACUCACUGAACAUGUGAGCACAGGGAUGCUGGUAGUUGUGAAGGUACUUCACAAGAACAAGUUGGGGCCUACUGCUGUUAAACAGGAGGUCAGCAUUCUAAAGGACCUUCAGCACCCCAAUAUCAUUCAGUUGCUGGAAGUGUCAGAAAAUAGUACCUGUAUGUUCCUGGUGUUGGAGUAUGCGCGCGGGAAAGACCUGCAGCGCUUUAUCAAGUUUGCUGAGACACAGAAGCUGGAGGAAGAGAGGGCCCGGCUGAUAUUCCGAGAACUCCUGGAGGCUGUGUGGUACUGCCAUGACAGGGGGAUUGUCCAUGGGGACUUGAAACCAGCAAACAUAUUAAUGGACCGUGAAGGCCACCCCAAGCUCAGCGAUUUUGGCUUGGCUUUCAGGUUCCAUCCUGGCCAGGAGGUGACCGCGUGUGGAGGUACCCUAUACUAUUCCGCCCCUGAGGUAUUCUUAAAAGAGAACUACCAAGGCCCACCACUGGACAUUUGGUCUUUAGGCAUAAUUUUAUAUGAAAUGAUCGCUGGGGUAAACCCAUUUAAUGGGAGCCAAGGACAAGGGAUAGAGAAUGCCCUGAAGGGGCGAUACCAGUUUCCCCAGCACUUCUCCAAAGAACUACAAAGUUUAAUAAAGGGUCUUCUCAACCCUGACCCAAGCAUGCACCCUACCAUCGAGCAAGUAAGGCAGCAUCCAUGGCUUCGGCUGGAAUCUGUCCCUCGUCAUCCUCCUAAACUGCUCCCCAAAGCCACAGAAAGGGCAAUACUGCACAUUAUGGAUGGGAAGGGGUACAACCCGCUGAAGGUGAUCGAUGCAGUGAAGUACAGAAAAUACGAUCCUUACAUGGUGCCCUUCCUGCUACUACGGGGCAUGGCACUCCGGAAAUUCCACUUCAGAUCUGAGGCGAAGCCCACACACAAACAUAAGGCUGAAGAUCUGUUUGAACAGCCCACAAACAAAGAUGAAAAUCGGCUAUCUUCAUCUCCUCCCCCUGUAGCUUCCCCACCAGCUAGGAGGGAGAGUGAGCCCUGCCUCUUCACUGGCCACUUCCUCCCCGAGGUGAAGCCUCUCGGCCAGCAAAGGAAGACAGUCUCCCUGCCAAUUGACAUCAGCAGGACUCCCCCUGCUCGCACAUCCUGCCAGCGCGGUCCAAACUUAGUUGGUACCUCUGGCCAGCCAGGCCCCGCUAACCUCAUAGCAUCCCACAAACCAAGUUGUGCUGCUGCUACUACCAAGGCCUGCCAGCCCAGCCAUACUACUACCAUCAAGUCCUGCCAGCCAGGCCCUUCUACUCCCAAAGCAUCCCGUCAACCAAGCCCUGCUUCUCCCAUCAAGUCCUACCAUCCAGGACCUGCUACCCCUAAAGCAUCCCAUCAACCAAGCCCUGCUUCUCCCAUCAAGUCCUACCAUCCAGGACCUGCUACCCCUAAAGCAUCCCAUCAACCAAGCCCUGCUUCUCCCAUCAAGUCCUACCAUCCAGGACCUGCUACCCCUAAAGCAUCCCAUCAACCAAGCCCUGCUUCUCCCAUCAAGAAAAUCUUCCGUGCCUCUACUAGGCCAUGCUGGCAGCCCAACCCUGCCUCUCCCGGUGAGUCCUUCCAGCACAGCCCUGGGACUCCAAAUGCUGCCUUCACUGCUGCCCCAGCCCCUGUCAGCAGUAGGAGGUGGGGCUGGAAAACUGUCAAGAGAACCAUGAGAGACUGCCUGCAGGCCCUGUGCUGCUGCCCCGUAUCGACAUGCAAGUGUCACAAACACAAGGUGGUCCCAGUUGCAGAUCCAUGAUCCCUCCUAUGGACGUGGUCAUCCUGACAGUGAGAGAACAUGAAUUCACCUUCAGCCGGUUGUACCCCUUCCCAGCCAUAAUGUGCGGUAUUGCCCUUUCUGUGGCUUUGGGGAGCAGUUGAGGAGGAUGACAAGGGACAGAUUCAAGCUAAAGCCAUGGAUGCUGCCUUACUUGCUCCAAGCAGAUGCAAGCCAUCCAACAGAUUCCAGUCCCUGUGACUAAAAACCGAGUGGAAAAAUUUCUAGGAGCCAUAGGACUGACGCAGAGUUUGGGACCCUGGCAGAGGCCUGUUGCCUAUCUUUCCAAGAGACUUGAUUAUGUGGCAGCCAGAUGGCCACCUUGCCUGUGGGUGUUUUCCUCUGUAGUCAUCCUGAUAGAGGAGACACAAAAACUGACUUGGGGACCAAAACUCUUAUUUUGUCUCCUCCUAUUCGCUGGAGACUCUCAUCAAAGCUACGCCGGACCAAUGGCUGCCCAACUCCCAAGUCAUGCAUUAUCAAGCAUUACUUCUAGAUCUGACUACCAUCAGUUUCAAGGGGACAGCGGCUUCAAACCCUGCCACUCUGCUGCCUGAUGAUGCCCCUCCUUGCCCUUCCACAUCUGUAUUGGGGACCAGACUUGACAGAUGAGCCACUAUUCAGAGUUCCUUUGUAUUUCUCUGAUAGAAGCAAUUACAUUUAUCCAGCCCACUGAGAGAACAAACACCCUGCUGUAGAGCCUGAGUCACCUGUGCUCAUCAAGAGGCUUCACCGUGGAUCUCUUGAGCCACUGAAAAGGUCUCUACAUUGUAGUCCUCAGCACUCCAACUGCUAUCAAAGUAGCCAGAAAGCCUGCCUCGAUGCAUCAUUCCCACUUCAAGCAGGUCCUGGCUUCCAAAGGUGAUCAACCUACAGAUAAGUGGACUGUCAUUCCCUCCAAGGACUCUUUAAAGCUCAAGACUGCCAAAUGUAACUAAUAAUCUUGUGUUCUCCCUUAUAGAAACCCCAAGGAAACCUCUAUCUGGCUUUUAAAAAAAUUGUUAAUUAUGUGACAAAACAGUGAAUUUAAAUGUUGGUUUUCUUUCUCCUUUUGGUUAACAGCUUUAAUAAUGACAGCUGCAAGAAAUUUGUUAAUCUUCCUAUUGGGCCUUGUAUUAUACUCAGAUUGGAAAACUAUGUCAAAGAUCAGGUUCAAACUAUACAGCUUACGAUUUUAAAGAUGCAAGGUUAUAAACAGAUACUUAUGUCUGAAAACCCCAUGAGCCAAUGAUUUGGUGCACUGACUAAAAUCAGUGGGGAAUGCUGUACACUAGCAAAAAGAGCUCUGUUACGUUUGUAUUAUGCCAAAGUACCUGUAACGCCGCCUACUGUUUUGUAUGCAUUUUCCCCCCUCUGGGUGACCUAACUGAUAUGUUAAUCAAUGCUCCCAUCUGUAAAAAAUUGUUAAUCCCGGGGAACCUAACCUAAUUGAUAUGUUAAACAUCGUUGCCCUCUACUAAUAACAGAUGUGGUGCUAAAAUAAGCUGACAAAGAAUUAACUAAUGCUAGACUACUCUGUUCUCUGCUAAGGAAAACAUUUCCUUAGCAGAUUUCCUGAUCCACCCCCAUAACCCCUUUACUUUGUAAACUCUGCUCUCUACAAGAGGCUAGAAAGCUUUAAGGAGGACACACAGCUUUUGCAAAUUCCAACUGCACUGUGUUACAGGGCCCAGGAUAAAAUAAAUCAGCGCUGCUUUUUGAAAAUAAAAACAUGUCUUGCCCAUUUUUGAACUUGAGUUUAGGCUUUGGGGGGCUUGUUUGUGGAUUACAAGAUUUAAUGGCAUAUUUUUAUUAUUUUAUUCUUUCACAUGUUAUAUUAGUUGCUAAAGUUACUGGUAUUCCUUGCUUAACUAUAUUUAGACAAUAGCACCACAGAUAAUAAUAGAACACCCUGAAUAGUCUUUAAUAUAAAUUUCUAUUAAAUGGUUUUCUUAAAUGAAAUCUAGUUCAGACUUAGAAAACAUACAUGCCUGCAAUAAAACAUGGGACUCGUUCCACCAUUUAAGAAGCACUAGGCUGGUGGCCAUGCUUCCGGAUUUGGAGCACAGGUUUCAUUGAGACAGACUGGCUCUGCUCCUCCUUUAUACUCCAGAGGAAUGUCAAGCCUGUUCUGUUUCCUUUGUUUCACUUUAUCUCUUACUCUCUUGCCACUUUACAUUUUCCUAAUAAAGGCAUAUAAAAGUGGGAAAAACUCUAGAUUAUUCCAACCUUUUCCUUUUGAGUUAAGCCCAUAGAAAAUGAGCAUUUGCUAAUGCCAAGAACAGGGAAGUCAUCUUAGAUGAGGGACACAUACCCCAUCUCUGGGUCAGAUGAGACAUCAGAAUUGUGCCUAUUCAGGAGAAUACACAUGAGAGCCGUGUCCCAGCUCAGUGUUCUGGGCAAAUCUCCUUUGGAAAUUAAACCUGAGACACAGUGGGGAGAACCAGUUUCCAUGUGGCAAUGGAAGCAGCUAUCCUUAAAAGCAGCACACAUAGGGGACGUAAACCUAUUUAGAAUAAGGAGGCUUUCCAACCUCUCAAAUUAUGGACUUAAAAACCUUUAUUAUAAAUUGAUAAAUGUGUAGGUAAUGAUCUUGCAGUCUUUUAAUUAUCCCUCAUAGAAUUUUGACACACAGUGGUCACUGUGCCAGCUAAUCAUCCUUACAGCAACUGCCACCCUCAAAAUCAGAGGCUAGCUUUCCCCAGCAUCUGUUAGGUGAAUCCCCAUUGAAGCCAGUGGCCAAUGGAUUCAACAGAAUGUUGACCAGACAGGCAGCUGGAUUCCUUUUUGGAGACUGAUUUCUGGUUAUCUGAGGCAAUAGAAACUGAGAACUGAGGGUUCCUGGCCAGAGCAACACCUUGGUUGGCACCCAACAUUUCCUCAAAGGACAUUUGCUCAUGACCACUUAAAAUCUCCCCUUUUCUAUUAUCCUUAUUUCUCUGCUAGUAGACUAAAAACAUUCUAAACUUUUCAAUAGAUCUUUAGAUCACUUAGACUACCCAUCCCUUCAGAGAUUAUACUGAGGUAGCUUGCAAUGAUUGCUUACAUUCCAUAGCAGCUAGUAGGGAAAUGAUUUACCUAUGUUAAUUAAAACUAAAUAGACUUGAACAAUUAUUUAUAAGAUGACAAUAUGUAAUCUAUUAACUAGUGAUUUCUAUUUUUUUGAAAUUCUGUAUUACUUGUACUCUUUUUCUGUUUUUUCUUUUCUCUUUAAGUAAAAGUUUUUUCUUUUGUCUUUAAAUAAAAUUUUUUAAAAAGUAGGACUUCCGGGACAACAUGGUGGACAGAUAGCAGAUACUACGGAGGCUCUCUGAAAGGCUUGGUUCAGAAGUCAGGAAUGGUGCGGACUAAGGAGACAUAAGCCGGUAGAGAUAUGCUCUGCUGACUCAGGAACGAACUGGGCUGAGAGAAACCAACUUGGAAUGCAGUCCUGGUGCUAAAACAGGAACAGAAAAGCCUCGGUGUGGAGUCUAGACCCCGCACCAAAGGAAGCCAUGAUUUGGGUUUCCUGGCGUGCUGCGGCUGGCUGCCUCUACAUUGGCUCGGCAAGGAGAGAGACGCGCAGAAGCUCUGAGAACGGGAGUCUGUGAAUGGAGUCGAAAACAGGAUGGCCAGGGAGGCGUACACUGACUUGUGGUGAGGUGAGUGAGAGAAACUGACACUCUACCACAGUUUGACUCCAGUGGAGGACUUUCUGGGCCCGGGCAGUCCUGCGGGAGCAGGGCGCGGUGGCGACUCCAGCCACACAUUCCCCUCUCGGACGGGAUUGGUGAAAAGUGCCUGGCCUGCGUGACGCUGCUGGCGGACUAGGUAGGCUGGCCCAACCCAGAUCCCAGAGCCUGACGGUGGCCCGGAGGGGCGACUCCCACGUAGGCUGCCUAGUCCGUAACUCCCUGGUGCGCUGCGGUGGGUGGGAACACCUAGUCAGCGCAAUUCGAUCAGGCUGUGGCUGACAGGGAGGGAAGCUGGGCCUCCUGUGUAAACUUGCAUAUAUAAGGAACAGAGAAUAUGGGAAAAGGCAGCAACAAGAAAGGCUCCUCGGCCCUCAAUUCUGAGAAACAGGCAAUAGCGGACACCGCACCAAUAGACAUAAAGCCCAUAUGGAGAGCCUCAUAGACCAAUUCAGGAAUGAAGUUAUCAAUGACCUGAAGCUAGAAGUAUGCAGAAUAGUUAGAGAAAUGCUAAGCACCACCCAGGAAAAAACAGAUGGUGGAAUGGAAGAACAGAAAAAGAGGGGAGAAUUGUUUGAUGGAGAAAACAGAAAGCAUAGAGUACGUGAAGCAGGUUCAAAGGGACUAUCAAGAAACUAAGAAGUCUAUCCAAGACUGGCAUAACAGCUUGAAGGAAACUAAGGACAGACUAUCUGAACUGGAGGGCAUGCUUGUAAUAUGGGAGAAUGAAAUAAAAAACUUCUUAAAAAUAACAAAGAAACAAACAGCAAUAAUACAAAGACAAGAAGAUGAUAAGAGGAUCCAUAACUUAAGGAUUAAGAACAUAAAAGAAGAAGUAGGGACACAAACAAGUGAACUACAAAAGUUACUCACAGAAAUAAUCCAGGAGAAUUUUCCUAAUUUAGCAAAA